AUGAAAUAUUGCAUAUUAUUGUUCUAUCUCGUAUUUGUAGCAUCAUCAUUUAAAGUGAAUAGAGAUGAUCAAUUCAUUUUGGAUUCAGAUGGUUUAAGACGAGUGUUUCAUGGGUAAACAUAAUAAUCAUAGAUAGGGUGAAUGUUGUAUACAAAUUGCCUCCAUAUUAUCCACCAAUAUCAGAAGGAUUUGAUUCUAAUGAUUCACUAUCAGAUUUUGACUUGGAUAAUUUAGUUUCUUGGGGAAUGACUUUCAUAAGAUUACAUGUUGCAUGGGAAGGAGUAGAACCUGUAAGAGGAUAAUAUAAUUAUACAUAUUUGGAAGAAAUUGAUAAAAUAGUAUAAAGAUGUGAAGCUAAAGGGAUUACAGUUUUAUUAGAUUCACAUUAAGAUGUAUUAAAUAGAUUCUUUUGUGGUAAUGGAUUUCCUGAUUGGACAAUUGCUAGAACUAAAUCAAAAGAAUUUAGAUUCCCAUAUCCUUAUAUAUUCUCUAAGAUUCAUACUGAUGAUGAAGGUGUUCCACUUAUUGAGGAUUGUUUAAAGAAAAAGUUUAUUAUGUAUUAUUUAACAGCUGAAGCAUCAAAAACAUUCUAAAAUCUUUUUGAUAACAAAGAAGGAAUUGCUGAUGCAUUUGCUGAGUAUUGGGGUGUAGUAGCUAAUUAUUUUAAAAAUCAUAAAAAUGUUAUUGGAUAUGAAAUUAUCAAUGAACCAAUUUAAGGAUCAAUUUAUCAUAGUAUAAGGGAAUUUCUAUUUCCAAACUAUGGUAAUAAUCAUAAUUUAUUGCCUCUUUAUAGAAAGGUGCAUAAAUAGAUAAGAAAGUUUGAUGAUUAGAAAAUUAUCUUUUUUGAACCAGGGACAUCAGAUCUUAUAGGUGCUGGAUUUAAAGAUACUCCAGGAGGUGAAGAAUAUAGAGAUAGAGAAGUUUACAGUUAUCACAUUUAUUGUUUUAAUGUUGAUGAUUAUAGUAUUCCAAAAAAUGAAUAAGUAUGCAAUUAUAUGGAUUCAUUCUUUUUUGCUACAAAAGAAGGUGUUGCUAAGAAUUUAGGAGUUGGUAAAUUUAUGACUGAAUUUGGUGCUAUUCUUGAUACUCCAGAAGGAAAUAAAGAACUUAAUUAUCUAUUAGAUUUAAUGGAAUCUAGAUUCACAUCAUGGGCUUAUUGGGAAUUUAAAUAUUAUGCUGAUAUAACAACAUAGGCUCAUCCUGGAUAAAUAGAAUCUUUCUAUGAUGAAUUUGGAUAAUUAUAUACUAAUAAAGUCAAAACUCUUAGUAGACCAUAUGUAACUAAAAUCUGUGGUAUUCCAAGCAAUUCCAAUUUCAAUAGAGUAGAUGAUAACUCUUAUUUCUUAUAAUUAGAUUGGAGAGCCAGUAAUAAAUGUAAUGGAAAAUAAACUGAGAUCUUUUUAUCAAGAGAAUAUUAUUUUGAAGAAAUUCAUUUCCAUUUCACGUAAUCUUUUCCUCUAUUUAUAGAAAAUGCACUGGAUGUACAUUGAAAGCUAUCAGUAAAUCAUAUUAUGUUGUCGAAUUACCUGAUGAUUUCAAAGAGGGAACUGCAAUCUCUUUGAUUGUUACCAAUAAUGAAUGAAACUAAUUCAAUUAUUCAACAAAAUAUUUU